UGGUCUGCUUGGUGAGUUUCGUGCUUAACAAGUAACAAUUCACUGUGUACAUUCCUCUUAUUUUUAUCAUACCAAAAAGUCUUCCCAGAGGAGCAUAAUUUGCAUAGCUUUCGAAAAUGGAUGAUGAAGAGUUGUCCUCCUUGGUUCAAGCAGCUGAACAGCUUGCCUCUCAGCUUGACGAUGGAAGUCUGGGUGAACUUCCUAGAGUUGAACGCAAUUUGCGGCAAAUUAUGGAAGCAAGCAACCAGCUUUGGAUAAGAACAUCUCAAAGUGGAGGUCAAGAAAGUCAAGGCGCUGCAUUGUUGGGAUCGGUUGGAUUAGAUCUUCCUCGUGUAGCCCACAAAUUGGAUGUCCUGAGCACCAUUUCAAACUUUGAGCCUCUGGAGCCUAUACGUGAAACAGAUAUUAAGGGUUUCUUGAAGAAUGAACGAGAAAAUGCUAUAUUAGCUGUGAUUGAGGAGACUCGGCGAAUGAGUUUUAAUCAUGCCCAACAAAUGUACUGGGAUUCAGUAAAAAGUGAAUGGGAGAAAGAAAAGCAGCAAAUUUUGAGUGCCCUAACUGAGUCUAGUGAUGAAUUGUUGGACAUUUCCCUUCCAAUUGCUGAAAUGACUUCUGGAGGAAUGCUCCCAAUUUCCUCAAAAAGUGUUUUGGACUUCCAAGAAAUGGCAUAUGUCAAAGCAGUCAUGGAAUACAAUGAUCAGACUUUGAAGGGAGGCAUCAAACCUAGCUUAGCUGAAAAAUUUGCACAAACUGCCCAAGCUUUUAACGAUCAAAACGUCUCUGACAUAUGGGAUAUGGUACGAAUGAUGGUCGAUGUGCCAGUCAAAAUCAGUGGUGACAAUAUCUUGAAAUCUCGAGGAAGUGCUUUAAUGCAAAGAGCCUUUAUGAAUCAAGGUCGUCGUUAUCUUGAAGAUCGAUACAAAUCCUAUAUUCGUCAGACUGUGUACAGCAAUUUAGGAGCGGCCAAAUUGGGAGGAAUCCCAGGAACGUUUCCUCUUGUGCGGAGUUUUGUUUCUGCACGCCAAAUUUCGCGUACAACAGGGUUAGAAGAUGGAUUUGUCGAUGGUGAACCUGUUUGGCCACUGAUUUACUACUGCCUGCGCUGUGGAGACGUCAGUGCCGCUUUACAGGCAUCCAAACAAGCGGGGGCUAUUGUUGCAGAAUUCACGAGACUUUUGGAAGAAUUAAUCCAAAGUGGUGAUCGCAAUCUAAGCCCCAGUAUGGAAACCAAUGCAAAAUUGAUGUAUAAAAAAAUAAUUCGUACAUCGACGGACCCCUACAAACGUGCUUCUUAUUGUGUCGUGGCUGCUUGUGAUGUCAAUGAUGACCACACUGAAGUAGCGCAAUCAACAGAUGAUUACUUGUGGAUUAAACUUUGUCAACUUAAAGAAGAUGAGCUGGCUGGGCAUGACUCAUCUCACGAGCGUGUUACCUACUCUCAAUUUCAAUCACUUGUUUUGGAAGAAUAUGGUGAACGUCAUUUCAAAGCUUACCAGGAACCUUUUCUUUAUUUUGAAGUUCUUUUCCUCACUGGACAAUUCGAAGCCGCUAUUGAUUUUUUCGCUCGCAUUGAAAGACUUCGUUGUCAUUCACUUCACGUGGCUCUGGCGUUAUUUGAAAGUCAAUUUUUGGCUCUACCAAGUAACGUUCAGUCACCACUGAUUUCCAAGGAGCAAACAGACAAACCACCGUUGAGACGACUAAAUAUUGCACGCCUUGUUAUGCUUUAUACCCGCAAGUUUGAAGCCACUGAUCCCAAAGAGGCACUGCACUAUUUCUACUUUUUAAGAGGGAUUAAAGGUUCUAAAGGAGACUCUCUUUUCACUGCUUGCGUAAGUGAGCUUGUCCUUGAAUCGCGAAACUUUGACUUAUUACUUGGUCGACUCGAGGUAGAUGGAACCCGAACUCAAGGAUUUUUGAACCAUUUCAAAGGAACGCAGGUUGACACACAAAAGAUCAUCGAGUUGGUGGCGAGAGAUUCUGAGACUAAGGGAUUGCAUGAAGAUGCCGUUCACCUUUAUGAGCUAGCAAAAGACGAUGCAAAAGUUAUAGAACUACUUUGCCGACUCUUGAGCAGCUCUAUCUCUCAACCAGCUGCUAUUGAAUCGGAAAGUUGGAGGGUGCAGAAUAGGGCUCUAGCCUUCGCCCAGCGAUUAAAAGCCUCUGGAUCACUGUUGCCUAAUAUUGCAGCAACUUUCUUCCUUCUUCUUGAUCUCGGUAUAUUUUUCUCUCUGUAUCACGAAGAGAAAUAUCACGAAGCUUUUGAAACAAUCGCCAAACUAAGACUCAUUCCUCUAUCUCCCGAUGAAGUUGAGUCUCGGGUAUCAAAUUUCCGGAACUUAAGCGAUGAUAUCCGUCGGAAUAUUCCAGAUGUUUUGUUAGCGACAAUGAAUAUUCUACACAAAAAAUACAAGCAAUCAAAGGCACCCAGGGGAUUUGUUCAAACUCGAAGAGAUGAUGGAGAUACUGAUGAGUUUAUGGACCAGAUUAGGAAACAGGCACGUGCUUUAACUACGUUCAUUGGAAUGAUCCCCUACCGAAUGCCAGGUGACACUCACGCAAGAUUGGUUCAUUUACAGUCAAUGAUGAUUUGAAAGAAUAGAGCUCGAGCUCAUAAGAGUGGUAAUAGAUUUUUAAUAAAAAAGGCGAGUUCUGUUGGCCUUGGCCCAACUAAUAAAAUCUGCGAAAAACCCAUUUUCUGUAAUACACUUUGCCAUUUCCCAUGA